AUGGCCGCUCCUCAAGAACACGUCCUCGUCACCACGCAGCCGGCCCCGACUCCGGCGCCGGCUGCCACCCAACCUGCCAACAACGGACCUAUUGACCAAGCCGACCUCGAUGACUGGAAGAACCGCUUCAACCAUGUCCUCUCCCGCUCUGGGGAAGUCGUCAACUCCAAGUCCCCGGAGAGCGCGCAGUCCUGGGCCGCCGGCUUCUUCGACUGCUUCAGCCCCAUUGACACUUGCUUAAUCACCUACUGCCUGCCCUGCGUCACCUUUGGCAAGACUCACCACCGCGUGCGUAAGAAUGGCAACCUGGAUGGAUACGAGCCCAUCAACACCUCUUGCCUCCUCUUCUGCGGCGCUGGCUGCUUUGGUCUUCACUGGAUCCCCAUGGCCAUGCAGCGUAUGAACAUUCGCGAAAAGUACAACUUGAAGGGGUCCUUGAUCCAGCAGGACAAGGAGGCCGAGCACCGCGAGCAGCAGCUCCUGAGCUCUGGCGUCCAGCAGCAGUACCAGCCCAACAACAGGAUGCAGUAUCCCCUCAAGACUGGUUGA